GAAAAAGCGAGAGCAAUUUCCAGGGAGAAGUUUUGUCAAUGCUUUGUUUACCAUAUAAGACCUUGGAUUGCAAGGAACAUGAAGCACAUCUCUCGGUUGAGUCAAGCAACUUCACUCAGCAGGUAUUAAGUUCAUUUGCGUUUGAUACAAUUAUUAUAUCUGAAAGCUAUAUCUGGAAUUUUGCAGGGUUAAUAACAGAAAAAGAUGGCAGAUGCUAUCAUAGACGUUGUAGCAGGGAAGUUGAUUGAUGCUCUGAAAGAGCAUAGUGGUCGAAUACUUGAAUUUCGAAGCCAGUUCACGGAGCUGAAGACGCAGCUUGACCUGAUGAAGUCCUUUCUUGCUGAUGCCAACAAGCUGAAAAGGAAGGAGGAAACCGUGAAGACAACUUUAAGCAUGAUCAGAGAAUUGACUUAUGAUGCGGAGGAUAUACUGACAGAUUGCUUGCUUAGAGCUGAAUACCAAGAAGAGUUUUUUCGAUGCAACACUUUCCUUCCCCAUAAGAUGAUCUUUCAGCAUCGAACGGGAAGAAAGCUUAAAGAUAUUAAUGGACGGAUAGAGAAGAUGCAGAAGAUCCUGAACACAUAUUUCAAGACGAUUGGACAGCAGAGUGUUCAUGAUGAUGGUGGUAGUAUCGUUAGGAGGUGGACAUCACCAGCUUUCGAUGAAUCCACCAUAGUUGGUUUGGCAGAGGACACGAAGAAGAUUAUAGGCUGGAUUCUUCCUAUGAAAAAACAGUUACACCGAGUUGGGAUUGUGGGGAUGGGGGGGUUGGGGAAAACAACCAUAACCCAGAAGAUCUAUAACAAUGACCUGAUCCUCGAGCGAUUUGAGGAGAGAAUUUGGGUGUCAAUAUCUCAGACUGUCAAUGAGGAAGAGAUCAUGAAGACCAUGCUGAAGCAAUUGGGAGAGGAUACUUAUGGACUGGAUAUGGGUCAAAUGCUGCCAAAGAUUAAACAAGCACUUGAUGGCAAAGACUAUCUGAUAGUGAUGGAUGAUGUCUGGAGUGCUCAUGGAUGGUGGGAAAGAUUGCUUGCUGGACUACCCAAGAGGGAGGGGCAGAGCAGUGCUAUAAUAAUCACUACAAGGAAAGAAAGUGUUGCCAUAGAGAUGGGGGUGGAGAAAGCUCAAAUUCACCAACCCCGAAUACUCAAUGAAGAAGAAAGCUGGGCGUUGUUCUGUAGAAUUGCAUUUUCUUCAGAAAAGGAAGCAAAACAGCACUACGAGUUGGAAGAGCUAGGGAAAGAUAUAGUGAAGAAAUGCUGUGGACUCCCGCUGGCUAUUAAGACUGUAGGAGGCUUGCUGAAAUCAAAAACUCUGUCAACGGAUGUUUGGAGACGGAUUUGUAAAAAUUUCCACGAUGAAUUGGCCACUAGAGAAGGUGAAAGCUCAGUAAUGGCUUCAUUACAAUUGAGCUAUGAUGAGCUGCCUACUCGCCUGAAGCAAUGCCUGUUAUGUUUCUCCAUCUAUCCAGAGGACUCGGUGAUAAGUGCUGAGCAGUUGGUUCAUUGGUGGGUUGGAGAGGGUUUCAUCCAGGGAAAGGACACCAGAACAGCAAUAGAAUUAGCAUUUGAUUACCUGUCAGAGCUCAUCAGUAGAUGCCUUGUUGAAGUUGUCAAGCAGAGAGGUUUUGAUGGAAGAGUCUAUAGUUGCAAGAUGCAUGAUCUUGUCAGAGACUUGACCAUCAAAAUUGCCAGAGAAGAGGCCUUUUGCAGAUUUGACGAACAUGGCAAGCAAAGACCUACUAAUCAAUCGCGGCGUUUGGGUUUCACGGGCGAAGAAGAUGUGAAAUCAUUGAAUAGAAAGUCAAAGCUCCGGGCAUUCCUGAUGAUGAGCAGCUCUCCAGUUAGCUUUGACAGGAUCAUCCCACUGUUCAGAGUAAAGUCCCUCAGGGUGUUGGAAUUCUCCCAGAAUAAGCUAGAAAACAUUCCCAUUCAGAAACUACUGCGUUGGAUCAUCUCCCUUGAACGCCUAGCAUAUCUGAACCUAAGAGGAGUUGCGGCCCUGAAGGAACUGCCACAGUUAAUCGGAGAGCUCCGGAACCUCCAGCUUUUGGUUUUGACUGGAUGCAACAAUCUGCAGAAACUACCCUCAUCGAUCAUAAAUCUGCAGAAGUUAAAUGUAUUGGACAUAGGGUACUGUCCUAUCCAAUACCUCCCUCAGGGCUUAGGGAGGCUUUCAAAUCUUCAAGAGCUAUCAGGAUUCACAGUACCAAGUGCAGCUGACAGGAAUGGCUGUCGUCUGGGAGAGCUCCAAGGGAUGUUACAGCUUAAAGUGCUGCGAGUAAACAUAAGCGAAGAAAGUGACAUUGCAGAAGAGGAACUGGCUGUCCUGUCUCAGCUCAAACAACUAAAGGUUUUAUCAAUCAACACUGAAGGAUGUGAGAAAGAAGACAUUUUCAGGAAACUAGAUGGUUUGUCUCCUCCGCCACAUCUUGAGGAGCUGUACCUCAGGUAUUACCGUGGAGUAACCACACCAAUGUGGAUUAAUCCCAACUCACUCCGUGAUUUGCAGUACCUGUGUAUUGAAAAUGGAGACCUGCAAUUCAUGCACCCUAGCUUUGAAGGUGGCAAGACUAUCACUUGGAAGGUUGAGGGUCUUUGUCUGAAGUUCCUGGCAAGGCUUACUGUGGAGUGGGAACUGGUGAAGAGUGUGAUGCCAAGAAUUAGGUAUGUUGAAGUUAGCCAUUGUUACAUGUUGAAAUCAUUUCCCUGCAACAUUGAAAUACUUGGAGUUUGGAGGAAAUGAGGGAAGAGAAAGAAAAGGUGUUGAUUAAGUGGUAUCAUACACCCAAGCUUGCAGAGUCUUUUACUCUUGAAGAUUGGGACAUGAUCAUCGUGCCCAUGGCCCACAUGUUCUUACAAGUUUUGAGUUUUUCUUAAAGAAAGUAGCUGUUAUAUCAUCAAAUAAUUUGCAGAAAUUAGCUUCAUAUUAAGGCUUACUUAUAUAUUUGAUUGAAUGUACCAAUAAUUCUUAAGAUCUAUAAAAGGAGUUUCAAUGUGCCAUUUCUUGUUUUCUUUUACCUUUUCUUUGAAACUAUUUUGAAAAUGUCUGGAAGAAGUUUGCCACUAACAUAUUUGUCAUUUUCAACAGGCUCAAAACUACUAGCAAGCAAGGAAUGAUCCCAAAAUAACUUCUUGAAUUACAAGUUAACAUGGUUUUAUAUCAACAUUUCCUUUGCGUUAGCCACUUCUGACCACAAUCCAAAAUAAAAACUUCUUAAUGAAGAUCAAAAGUAAUUAAGAGUCCACACACUAUGAUUCUCUAAUAAACUUUGUUGCCAUUCAUGAAUGCUACACGUAGUCAUUGGACGAUUAGCAUGACCACUACUCCCAAAUCCCAUACUGGUUCACCAAGGUGUUAUUUAGUUACAUACAUUUAUUCAGUACAUUAUUUAGUUACAUACAUUUAUUCAGUACACUAAGGCAAUCUAACGAUUAAACUACAAACUAAGAAAGUAAUUAUGAAUUUUAACUAUUGAAUUAACAAAUUUUUCAUCCUUAUCUCUUUCAUCAUUUCUACCAAGCAAAGCGUAAAUGAUAUGACUCAAAUUUGGUUUUAGCAAGAUUCCUACUGAAGAAUAAUUCAUAAAAAUGAAAACCUGAAACCAAGUUUCGUUUCAUGUGUAUCCAAUUUCAAGACUGGUCACAUGAAUAUAUCCCACACCCAUCAAUUAAUACAGCUUUCUGCAUGGAACUUCAUAGCCUUCUGU